AUGGUCAACUUCACUCUUGAGGAGAUCCGUGGCCUGAUGGACAAGCCGGCCAACAUCCGUAACAUGUCCGUCAUUGCUCACGUCGAUCACGGAAAGUCCACUCUGUCCGAUGCCCUUGUCCACCGUGCCGGUAUCAUUUCCUCCGCCAAGGCUGGUGAGGGUCGUUACAUGGACACCCGUCCUGAUGAGCAGGACCGUGGUAUCACCAUCAAGUCCACUGCCAUCUCCCUGUACGCCAAGUUCCCCGACCCCGAGGAUCUUAAGGAGAUCCCCCAGAAGGUCGAUGGUCACGAGUUCUUGAUCAACCUGAUCGAUUCCCCCGGUCACGUUGAUUUCUCGUCUGAGGUUACCGCCGCUCUCCGUGUCACUGACGGUGCCCUGGUCGUUGUCGACUGUAUCUCCGGUGUCUGUGUCCAGACCGAGACUGUCCUGCGUCAGGCCCUGACCGAGCGUAUCAAGCCCGUUCUGUGCAUCAACAAGGUCGACCGUGCCCUUCUUGAGCUGCAGUGCACCAAGGAGGAUCUGUACCAGUCCUUCUCCCGUACCGUCGAGUCCGUCAACGUCAUCAUCUCCACCUACUUCGACAAGACUCUCGGUGACGUCCAGGUUUACCCCGACAGAGGUACCAUUGCCUUCGGUUCCGGUCUUCACGGCUGGUGCUUCACUGUCCGCCAGUUCGCUAUCAAGUACGCCAAGAAGUUCGGUGUCGACCGCAAGAAGAUGCUUGAGCGUCUGUGGGGCGACAACUACUUCAACCCCAAGACCAAGAAGUGGACCAACAAGGGUGAGGGUGCCGAUGGCAAGCCCCUUGAGCGUGCCUUCAACCAGUUCAUCCUGGACCCCAUCUUCAAGAUCUUCGCUGCUGUCAACCACAACAAGCGUGAUGAGAUCACCACCCUUCUGGAGAAGCUCGACAUCAAGCUCGCCAACGACGAGAAGGACCUCGAGGGCAAGCAGCUCCUCAAGUGUGUCAUGCGCAAGUUCCUGCCUGCCGCUGACGCCCUUCUGGAGAUGAUCUGUAUCCACCUGCCUUCCCCCGUCACUGCUCAGAAGUACCGUGCCGAGACUCUGUACGAGGGUCCCCCUCGACGACAAGGCCUGCAUUGGUAUCCGCGACUGUGA